UGUUGGGAAAACGAAGUAGUCAAUAGAAAACAUGUUACCUGUUAUAACAUUUUUGGUAAAAAAUCUAUGAAAGUGUGAUAAAAGGCUACGUACUCACGUAAUCUUGUAACUAAGGACGUUAUAGAUGCGUUUCAUGAGCCGAAAUCAUUAUGAGUGCUUCACAGCAAUUCGCAGUUCUUUCUGUUGAACUUAGUAGCCAUCUGCAAGUGAAAGAUUACAAUAAAGAGGCUAUAAACUCUUUGAUCGAUGAGCUAAAUGCUAAGCCAUAUAAAGCUGAGCUAUUCGUUGGGAAACAGGAUGCUACUGUUCUCAUUACAACACUGUAUGGUAACAUCAAGCCAAUUGAUGAAUGUUUGGCUGCCAAGACUUCCCAUUUAAUGAAUAGCAUUAUUACAAAACAAAAUAUCCAAUUUGAUAGUGAUUACCUAAGUAAAGUUAUUGCAUGGCAUAUUGACUGUACCAAGAAAUGUUCAGAUAUGAUUUUACCAGAUAUUCUACACAACAUGCAAUGUAUAUUGCAGAGCAAUCCUCGUAGUGGGCAAAAGUUCAUUAAUGACUUAAUGGGAAAGCAAGGCCUUCUCACAAAAAUCAUUAUGGGUGACAAAAGUAAAACUUUGAAAAAUCAAGAUCCACUGCAGAUAUGUUUGAUGGCAUUCAAAUGCGUUAUAAGUUUACUAACAAUAGAUGAGGACAAAUUGAAUGGUCAAUCUGAAGUUAACAUUGAAGUAAAAGAACAAAUAUCUCAAAUUAUAAUAUUUUUUUUAAUGAAUGGGAGUCCAAGGACACAUGAUGAAUCAAUAUAUUGCAAAAUUUUAAUAUCAGCAUUAAGAGUUUUGUCACACAUUUAUUUUAAUGAACAAAAGAUUGGUAUACCAAUUUCAGAAGUAAUAGGAAUAUGUCAGUAUUUUAUUUUAUAUGGACUUGUGAGUCAGGAUAGUAAACCUGAACGGAUAAUGCCUGCACAGCAGUCCAUUGCUACAACACCUGUAAAGCCAAAUCCCAAAGGAGGAAAGAAACAGAAAAUCAGAAAACAAAGAAACAGCGCAAUAGAAAGCUUAAAAAAAGAGAUACCCGUUUCAGAUCGUAGUUUGAUGAAGGAUGUUGAUAAUUUUGAAAACAAUUCAGUGUAUAGGCCUGCUAGUAAGAAUUAUUUGGAGGUCCAGAAGACAAGAACAUUUUGGAAUCUUACAAGUGACUCUGACAUGUCAGAUGUGGAAAAUGGAAGAGAAACAAAGCUUAUAGCAUUAAGAUCAAGAGUAAGACAAAGUGCUGCAAAUUUGUUUCUGGUAGUAUUUAAGAUGAAAGAAAAGAAAGAUAUAUUCGGUUACUGGUGGGCCCUGUUACCCGAUUCGCCGGAUGCAAACCAUUGGUUGUUAGACGAUAAGUCCAAGAAAACCCUCGCAUUUGCCGCCGUCACAGAUCCUAUAGCCAGAAGCAGGGCUAGUGCGCUUAGUGUGGUCUUGGCUUUACUGUCUGGAUCUAGAAUGUAUCUUUCACAGGCAGAAAGUAGCAAGAGAAACAACACAUCAUUUAUUCCAUUCUCUGUAUCCCUCGGCUAUAUGAUCACCUGUAUGCAUAAGAUUCUAGUUAGCAUAUUGGAUACUGAAAGAAGCCCUGUGGUGAUUAUUGUCGCCCUCAAAUGCUGUGCAGCUUUGGUGCAGGCAACGCCUUACCAUAAAAUGCAAGAAGGAUUAAUAAGCGAGCUCGUGAGGUCAACUAGGAAGUUUUUAGUGUAUAGAGAUUUCACAAUACAAGUCGGUGCCUUAAUAACAAUAGGAUGCGUCUUGUCAGUUGAUCCCAAAAUAGAGGAAAUUAUGAAAGCAAUGGAAAAAGAUACAGUGGCUUAUAAGAAUCACAGUGAAACUAAUAAGGAAAACGUUUCCCUGAAUGACGAAUGUGAUGACUUUGAAGAGGGAUAUUCCGACGAUGAAAUGUUUAUUGCUAUCGAGUCUGAAAACAAUGAUGUGAAGAUUGAAAAAGAUAAAAAUACUUUUUUCUUCAGAAGCUGGAUUUUAGAUAUUUGUUUUAAGAAUAUGGGAUGGUUGUUUAGGGGCGAUAAGACAACUAGGUUAAAGCCAUCUGCGAUACCUAUAAUUCUGGAAUCCCUUCAAGUGUUAUCGGCGAUUGCGUUCCAUCAUCUGUCAGACUUACUUCAGACGCACAUAGCCCUGCUAGGCGACGUCCUCAGUGAAAUGCUACAACACGAGCAUCAGGACGUUGUAUUACAAUCCGCAAGAACUAUUAGCAUUAUUGGAGACGCUAUUCAGAAAAUGGAACAACAAGAAAAGUCAGUACCCUUAAACGCAUGCGUGUACAUGUGGGAAAAGCUAUUAACUCAUCUGUCUUCAAUAUUACAAAAUCACGAAAAUGCUCCGGCCAAGGCCGUAGUUUGUGAUUGCAUUGCCAACAUUGGUGAGAAGUCUUUCAAGGAAUUACCGAGUCGAAUGCAGAUGUUCUGCUGCACUUUGCUGAUAGGAUCUUGCAGCGACGAAGAAGCAACAGUACGCGCGGCGGCAGUCAGAGCACUCGCUAUGGCCGUCAUGUACCGUACAUUAAGAGAGGACAUUUGCUUUGUAAGCGAUUGCGGAGAAAAUAUUCUUCGGGCAUUAGCGGAACCAACAUUAGUGGUGCGAACUAAAGCGGCAUGGGCUCUUGGCAACCUCAGCGAUGCUCUGGUUUUGAACAUGAAGGAACCAGAGAUCGAAGACAUUGAUGAUGACCUUUUGCUCCGUCUCCUAGAGGUCAGCAUUCAAUGCGCCAACGAUAAUGAUAAGGUUAAAAUGAGCGCAACUAGAGGACUCGGAAACCUUUUGCGAAUCAUUAAGAAUGAGAAUCUACAGCGGCACAUACAAUUAAAGUCCUUAUGUGAAGUGGCUAUAGGAAAGCUUUUAGAUUGCGCGUCCAGGGUCACGAAUAUGAAGGUCCGAUGGAACGCUUGCUAUGCUCUCGGCAAUGCUAUGAAGAAUGAAAAUUUGUUCACGUGCUUGAGUGGAUGGCAGAGCAAAGUUUUUACUAGUCUAUGCACACUAGCUCAAGACUGUAAAAAUCUCAAAGUGCGUAUAAACGCAGCGGUUGCUUUGCGCGCACCCGAACGUAGAUCCCAAUAUGGCGACCAAUACGUGCCGCUAUGGCGGGGUAUUAUGAUCGCGAUGGAGAAUGCCGCCAAUGUUGAUGAUUUUAACGAGUACAAACAUAAGGAUAAUCUUAUUGAACAGCUCUGCGUGACACUUUCUCAUCUUUGCUGCCUGUUGAAGCUUUCGGAUUUACCGGAUAUAUUGGACCCGUUGAUUUUCCAUUUCGAUAGCGCCAAGGCUCUUUACACCCAAUCCUAUCACAAAUUACCUCCCGAAAAUGCCUCCUGUAUGAAGAUACUGCAAGCUGCAAAAUAUCUUACUGUCGAUUUGACACCUGAAAAUGACAUACAAUCGCAGUCUUUAGGAAUGCUACAGGAAAUAUUCAUAUGGGAUGUGUGAGUUGAACUGGCAACAAUGGACAUUUCCUAGACACAAGUGUAUUGCUAACAUAUACCCGCAACAAUUUGUAGCAGGAACCAAUUUUAACUUAAUUUUAAGGACACUAAACAAUGAAGUGAUUCUAUAUAUAAGACUAUGUACUUUGUAUUCUUACAAUUAAGUGUUUUAUUAAAAGCUGAGUUAUAUACUCCCAUUAUUUUUGUUAUUUAUUAAAUAAAGAAAUAUAAACAUGUA